UCGUUUCGGAUCUGGAGCUUUUCUUUCAAUUUUCUCCGCAAUUUGGCCGUCUGUUUGGGCGCUAGUGCAAAGGUCAUCGUAGAUUUUCGGUGUGAGAAAAGCAAAUAACAUCGAGGUGAAGUAGCUACGCGUGCCAGGGAGUUGGACUACGUUGGUGGUAAUCGGAAAUCGUCGAGCAGCAGGAGAAGAGUGUCUUCCAAAUUGACAAUUUAUUACUUGGCUGAUGAGCUCGAACCCCUCUCAAUAUUUGGUCCUCUCGCCGAAGGUUGACAUCGUAAAGAGGUAGAGAUAGAGGUGGUGGCCAAUUCCGGUGGUGGUCCCAGAGGUGACCGAGAAGUUCAAUAUCCACCGAUCCACCUGCACCCGUGUGUUUCCGCCGCUGGGAGGUGCGUCCGUGGUCUACGGAUCCAAGAUAAUAAUAAAACCAUUAUCAACCCGUCCUGUGACGGCUGCUACCAUCAGGGGACGUCGUCGGAUCGGCGAAGACAAACUUUGGCGCCCACUCUUCGACGAGGAGGUUCCGUCACCAAGGUUACGCAGCAGAAGGAUAGAAACCUUGAAGCAGUAACAGCAGCUGGUGUCCGCUCGAAGACUGGUUGCCGAAGAUGAUGCUGCGGAAGAAGCUGGCACCUUGUCCGGUCCUCAGCUCGGUCCCCCAUUUCGUCGAUAGGUCGGGAUGUGGAUACGUUCCGGCGCGCUACUCGUUGCCACUGUUUCUGUGCAAAAAAUUGGCCGCACCGUCGGAACCGGCUCGUUCGAAUGCCACAAUCGAAAAGGUGAGAGCGCAGGAACGCGAAUCGAUCCUCAAGCGAAUGGCAUCGUAUCGUGAAGUGACGCGAACCGCCGAUAAAGAUGCUGCUUGGGUGUCCCGGUUCGCCGGACUGGAUCGUGGUGGUCCGGUUGUGUUCAAGCGUGGCUUCCGGACGUCCUGCUACCGGGCUGAUGUAGACUCGGCGGCCAAACUGGUGGGUGCGAGUCUGGCAACGAUUGGGGUGGCCGGUUCCGGUGUUGGCAUCGGGACGGUGUUCGGCUCGCUGAUGCUCGGUUACGCCCGCAAUCCACCGUUGAAGCAGCAGAUCUUCUCGUACGCCAUCCUCGGAUUUGCGUUGUCCGAGGCGAUGGGUUUGUUCUGCCUGAUGAUGGCCUUCCUGAUGCUCUUUACUCGGCUCAUUUGCAUCAUCAAGAACGUGCGCCAAGUGAAACCCAUCGGAGAGAAGGUCGUCUUCGUCGACAAAACCUCGCCAUCGAGUGCCAGCGAUGGCAGAAAAAAGGUAAUCCUCGCGCUCCGGCCAAAGAACACUCCAGCAGCAGCAGGAAGCCACCGCUAUGAACACGGAGACGGUCGCGUCACGGAAAUGCAUUCCGCUCGAAUGGGCGCCAUGAUGUGUGAGAUAAACUUACCGGCGGAAAUGAAUAAAUUAGCACAUCCAGCCAAAUACUUUGUCGGUAAAAUACGAUCCGGGACGCGGUUGAAUGGAUCGGUUGGACGAUGCGCCGAUCCCGUGUAUCCAGGACCCGGGCACUAUUUUCAUGAUGUCGGUGCUACUGAUGGGAAGAAACGCGUAAACCAAGUGAAGGCAACGAAGCGACAGCAUGCGGUCACCAUUUACCAGUACGAUCUGUACCGCCGCGAACCAUUCUAUCGUCCUGCUCCCGGGCGGUACGAGCUGUCGUCGAAACUAUUGGAAGCCCGUGGCCCCACCCAGGUCCAUCCCGUGCGAUGCAAAGCCCCUAGCAUUCCACGGGUCAAUGGAAGGAGCAAGAAGGGGCAGCCAGCCCGACCAGCGCAGCGCGAGAUCCGUUUGAACUCGGUCAACAUUCCCCAGCGGUUGCGGAUCGGUCGGCGUAACAUGAAGGUGGCGUUCCUCAGUGGCACCGCCCGGUUCCGGGAUCGCGAUUUCUUCCCGAUUGGCGGGCUGCGGUCCUGCCCGACCCGUUCUCACCCAACAACCGAAGGCAAAGCGGAUGCAGCUGUUCGCGAAGAGGAAAUUACUGUUGCACGUCAACGGCGGUCGGCGAUGGGUCGGAGCGAGGGUUCCAUUGCCGCAGGCGAGGACUGGACGCCUGGCGAGGCUCAAAGGAUUAUGCGGCCGCACCGGUGCCCACGCCCAGGCAAAAUUCCGACCAUCUUCUUCACGGUUCCCAGCGGUCCCAGAGCUGUGCGCGAGGUUUUAGCGAGCGGUGGGAACGGGGGAAUGUAA